AUGGAUCAAGGUUUGGAUUCCGAGUCAGUUCCUCCACCUGGGUCAAUUGAUAGGUCUAGGGUUUUGGAUGUGAGACCAUUAAGAUGUCUUGCCCCACAGUUUCCCACCCAACCCGGCAUGUCUUCUGCUUCAACCCCUCAAUCCACACCAUUUGUGUGCGUUCCACCAACCGGUCCCUUCCCAACUGGUGUCCGACCAUUUUACCCUUUUAUGGUUCCAAAUGAUUCUCAACAGAUCCCAUUUGGUGCACCGAACCAACCAAGUUUUGGCAAUGAUAUACCUGCUCCUGUUCCAUUGAAUUCCUUUAGAACACCAACACCCCAAGCCAAUGGGGGCACAGGGCGGUCUAAGCGGGCCUCGAAAGGUCAAAGGUUGGGAUCUUUAGGCAUGGAUGACGAUAGUUACAGUGACUACCAGAGUGACCAGUAUGUGGGUGAGUUUGGUGUGAAUUCUGCUGAUUUGGAUGAUGCCAGUUAUUCUGGGAAGCGUAAGGGUCGGCCAAGGAAGAGGAGAGGUGAUAAUGGUGAUGAAUUAGAUGUUGAAUCUCUUGUUAAUAGCUUCCUGACUUCUUUCAAGCUUAGGGAAUUUAAUGAUUACAGAAGAGCUAAUGGCGAUACUGAGGCAGUCGAUAAUAUAAUGUUGGCUUAUGAUUUGUUUCGGAGAAGGCUAACCCAGCUUGAAGAAGCUAAGGAUUUGACUUCUGGGGUUGCUAGACGACCAGACCUGAAAGCUGGUGCACUCUUGAUGACCAAAGGUGUUCGGACAAAUAACACUAAGAGGAUUGGGCAUGUACCUGGGGUUGAAGUUGGCGACAUUUUCUUCUUUAGGAUGGAACUUUGCAUUGUGGGGUUACAUUUUCCAAGUAUGGCAGGCAUAGAUUAUAUUAAAACUACCAUGAAUGAAGAAACUGUGGCGGUCAGUAUUGUCUCUUCUGGAGGAUAUGAUGAUGAGGGGGAAGAUGGAGAUGUCUUGAUUUACAGUGGCCAUGGUGGAUUGAAAGAUGGACGAAUGUCUGAUCAGAAGCUUGAAAGGGGAAACCUUGCUCUGGAAAAGAGUCUACAUCGUGCCAAUGAAGUAAGAGUUAUACGGGGGGUACCAGAGUUUCCCGGCGCAACUGUGAAGAUAUACGUUUAUGAUGGCCUUUACAAAGUCCAGGAGUCGUGGGGUGAAAAAAAUAAAUCUGGAUGCAAUGUUUUUAAGUACAAGUUGGUUAGAGUACCCGGGCAACCUGAAGCUUUUACAUUGUGGAAAUCAAUCCGACAAUGGAAGGAUGGAGUUGCUAGAAGACCUGGGGUUGUCCUUCCUGAUCUAACUUCAGGUGCAGAGACUCAUCCCGUGUAUCUUGUGAACGAUGUUGAUGACGAAAAGGGACCUGCUUAUUUCACUUACGUCUCCAGUCUCAUGUAUUCCAAACCUUUUGCUACACCUAAACCUUCUUUGGGUUGUCAAUGCAUGGGUGGAUGUCAACCAGGUGGUACCAACUGCCCCUGCAAUCAGAAAAAUGGGGGCUAUCUUCUCUAUUCAUCACUUGGGGUUCUUCUGGCUCACAAGUCUUUGAUACAUGAAUGUGGACCGACUUGUGCAUGUCCUCCAAACUGUCGGAAUCGAGUGUCUCAAGCAGGUCUGAAAGUACGCCUGGAGGUCUUUAAAACAAAAAACAGAGGUUGGGGGCUUAGAUCUUGGGAUGCCAUCCGUGCUGGAGGUUUUAUUUGUGAGUAUGCAGGGGAUGUCAUAGAUGCGUCGACUACAGGUGAUUUUGGGAAUGAAAAUGAAGAUAAUUAUAUUUUUGAUGCUACCCGCUCCUACGAGCCACUGGUGGCUAUACAGGAUGAAGAUGAUUGUAAUGGUUCUAGAAAAAUUCCAUUUCCCCUUGUCAUAAAUGCAAAAAAUAAUGGAAAUGUUGCUCGUUUCAUGAACCAUAGUUGUUCUCCCAAUGUGAUCUGGCUCCCAGUUCUGCGUGAAAGUGAUAAUAACUCGUAUAUCCAUAUUGCUUUCUUUGCCAUCCGACACAUCCCUCCCAUGCAAGAGCUAACAUACGAUUAUGGGAGGAGGGUACUUCAAUUGACGACGCCAAUUACAAUGAAUAAUAAAUUUUCUUGGUGCUUGAUUCCUCUGGGAAAAAAGACUAAUAUGUACAGGUAUAAUACAGCGGCAAGGUGA